AUGGACGACUGGCAAGACGCAGCUUUUACAUCAAGACAUGUCCACAACAGAGCAAACAAGUCCAACAAAGGAGGCGGGCGAGGACGACGCGGUGGAGCCUUCGAGGUCAAGAGAGCAUUUGGUAGAUACGACAUCAAGUGUCCGAGUGCGACCAAACUGAGAGGACAGAAAUCAGAGGGAGGAAAGGGAAAAUCUGCUGGUCCGUCAAUGGAUAUCUUUCGGCUGUCGGAAGAUGGCAGGGGGUUAUUGGGACAGCUGGACCUGCCCCAGGUCCUCGAUGCCAGGAUCAUUCUUACCGGAAGCAGAAAGGUUCUCGAAGACCUAAUAUCGCAGUUUGAAGGGAGCGACGAAGAGGCUGAUAUCUCCGACGACCCUAAUGAGAAAGAUGGCUCGGUCCCGAGACACCACGUUAGUGAGGAUGAGACGAAGGCAGACAACAAUCUAGGAACAGCAGGGGGCUAUAUUGACAAGGAAGGGGAGGAAGUCAACGAAGAAUCGGAAGACGAAGAAGAGAGCGAAGCUGAGGAGCAGAAGCGGUUCAAGAAUUUCGAGAAGAACAGCUUUCGCUCUCCCAAAUUCUGGUUUCAAUGGAACGGAGACGUUACGCCUACCGCGACACCCUCGCUAGAUAACCCUACGCUACCAACACCUACCGGGGAGACUGGAAGAGGCUAUAUCGUGUUCUCUGGAAAUGACUGCCGCUCUUUCAAAGGGACAAUCAGCUGCGAUUCUCUAGGCUGGAAGGAUGUCUCAAUCUCUGGGUGGAAGGAGGUGUCCAUGAGCGAGAGGGACGUAAGCUUUGUCUGGAAGUAA